AUGCGGGUACCAGACGCCCCCCGGUGCCAGGACGUCCUGCUAGCUCACUUCCCUCCGGAAAGGCUCACUCUUCGAAUUGUGUCUGAUGUGAGUCGUGGAACCACGGCAAUGGUCAAAGGUCAAAGACCACCAGUCGCGGGAGACCUUCCGCAAGCCCAGCUCUUCCGCCACCGCACCCUCCACCUCCCCCGCUCAGUUCACCUAGAAAUCAGUGAUCCAAAGCUUGCUUCACAGGAAGAAGCAGAUAGUCCUUCAGACAGUGGACAGGGCAGCUGCGAAACGAUUGGGUCCUUGAGUGAAAGAGAUUCAGAUGAAGAGAUAUUCGUGAGUAAGAAACUGAGAAGCUGGAAGGCACUACAAGACAGUGACUCUGAAACAGAGGCCACGAAGGGCCCUCCAGAGAAAACGACCUAUGACAGCACUGAGGAGGAGAAUAAAGAAAACUUAUAUGCUGGCAAAAAUGGAAAAAUCAACAGGAUUUAUAAAACUCUGGCAGACAGUGAUGAAAGUGAUGUGGAGAAGUCUUUGUAUGAGAAAAACCUUGAAAUCCAGGUGACACCUUGCUCGGAGCUGACUUUGCAAUCUGGACAUUCUGUGGGCUUUUCCACUGGCAGAAAGACUCCCCAAAAACAUGCACUUGAUAAAGAAGGAACUGGAGGAAAAGCAAAAGUAAAAUCAAAAAGAAGACUUGAAAAAGAAGAGAGAAAGAUGGAAAAAAUUAGGCGGUUAAAAAAGAAGGAAACAAAAAAUAAGGAGGAUGUGGAACAGCCAUUUAAUGACAGUGGCUGUCUUCUUAUGGAUAAAGACCUUUUUGAAACUGGAUUGGAGGAAGAAAAUAACUCUCCAUUGGAAGAUGAAGAAUCAUUAGAAUCAAUAAGGGCAGCUGUAAAAAACAAAGUAAAAAAGCACAAAGCAAGUAACAAGAAAAAGGAACCAUCUUUGGAGAGCAGAGUUUGUUCAUUUGAAGAAGAGAGUGAGUUAUCAAAUGGCAUCAUGAGGAAGGAAAGAAAGGCAGCCAAAUUAAGUAAGGAAGCACUGAAAAAACUCCACAGUGAGACUCAGCGCCUUGUUCGAGAGUCUGCACUUAAUCUUCCAUAUCACAUGCCUGAGAAUAAAACCAUUCAUGAUUUCUUCAAACGUAAACCCCGGCCCGCUUGCCAGGGAAAUGCCAUGUCACUGCUGAAGUCAUCCAAGUAUCAGUCAAGCCAUUACAAAGAAAGAGAGACUGCAAAUGCGACUGAAACGAAUAGUGACCACCAUAAUAAAGGUUGUGAGCAGACCAUAGGCACAGAACGUGAAGUGGAAAUUAACGCAGUCCCUGUGGUUUCCACAGAACCCCCGACCAUUACUGGAUUAGAUGAGUCUUGCAAUAAAGAUUUGGUGAGAAGUGAAGUGCCAGAAGUUCAGGAGAAACAGAAGCAGAGCGAUGCUAGACUUUCACCUGAGGACACCUCAGUGUCCCAACAGGAAUUCAGCUUCCUAAGGAACAAGGACAGUGAGGACUCUCAGGCUGGAGGGCUUGUGGCAUCUGAAACUCAUGCUCUGGAGAGAGAAGAAGGCCUGAAAAAAACAGAAGAAAUAGUUGCCAAAGUGGAAGAGCCCAGGCAGCAGCCGGAACCAGCAGCUGUGCCAGCAGCAAAAGCGAGGAGGUUCACUCUGGACAGACUUAAGGAGCUGGGAAUAGACGUUUCCGUUAAACCCCGGCUGGGUGCCGAUGAAGAUUCCUUUGUGAUACUUGAAGAAUCUGAAACCAACAAAGAACUGGAAGCCUUGAAGCAGCGUUUCUGGAAGCACGCUAACCCAGCAGUCAAGCCCAGGGCUGGUCAGAAGCUGAACGUGAACGUCAUAGUGAAAGACACCGGCAGUGAUGGAAAGGAAGAGCUGAAGGCAGACGUGGUACCUGUCACUUUGGCAGCAGAGAACCUGGAGGGAGCAAGCCACACAAAGCCAGGUGAAAAACUCCAGGUGCUAAAAGCUAAACUGCAAGAGGCAAUGAAACUCCGCAGGCUUGAGGAGCGCCAGAAACGCCAAGCAUUGUUUAAAUUAGAUAAUGAAGAUGGGUUUGAGGAAGAGGAGGAGGAGGGGAUGACAGAUGAGUCCGAGGAGGAUGGAGAAGAGGGGGUAGACGAAGAAGAGGAAGAGGAAGGACCAGAGGAAGACGAGAAAGAAGAGGAGGAAGAAGGCGGCAACCAAGAGACUGCAGAAUUCCUUCUUAGUAGUGAAGACACAGAAACCAAAGAUGAGAAAGAAAUGGAUAAAGAAAAUAAUGAUGGCGGUAGUGAAACUGGCAAGGCGGUUGGCCUUCUUUCUGCUCCCAAGACUCUCUCAUCAGAUUCUACCUUGCUUCUAUUUAAGGACAGCUCUUCUAAGAUGGAUUACUUUCCCACUGAAGAAAAAUCAGAAGCAGAUGAGAGUGCAGACAGACAGCCUAACAAACCGGAUGAAGAUGAUUCAUGUUCAUUGCUAACGAAGGAGAACAGCCAUAACAGCAGCUUUGAGCUGAUUGGCUCCACCAUUCCGUCCUAUCAGCCUUGCAACAGACAAACAGGCCGUGGGACCAGUUUGUUCCCUACAGCGGGGGGAUUCAGAUCUCCUUCUCCUGGGCUAUUUCGAGCCAGCUUGGUCAGCUCAACUUCUAAGAGUUCAGGGAAACUGUCUGAGCCUUCACUUCCCAUAGAGGAUUCCCAGGAUCUGUAUAACGCCUCCCCAGAGCCUAAGACACUUUUCCUAGGAGCAGGAGACUUCCAGUUCUGUUUAGAAGAUGACACUCAGAGCCAACUGUUGGAUGCAGAUGGGUUCUUAAAUGUUAGAAACCACAGGAAUCAGUACCAGGCUUUGAAGCCUCGGUUGCCAUUGGCCAGUAUGGACGAGAAUGCCAUGGAUGCCAACAUGGAUGAGCUGUUGGAUUUGUGUUCUGGAAAUUUUACAUCUCAGGCCGAAAAAUGUCUAUCCAGGAAGAGUGACAAGAAAGAAAACAUGGAGGAACUUCUGAAUCUUUGUUCAGGAAAGUUCACUUCCCAGGUUGCCUCCACUCUGGCUCCAUCAGAGCUGCAGCAGGAGAAGGAGAACAGCAUGGGUGACCCGAUGGAAGAAGCACUAGCUCUUUGCUCAGGCUCUUUCCCAACAGACAGGGAAGAAGAAGGUGAGGAAGAGGAGGAAUUUGGAGACUUCCGGCUUGUCCCAAAUGAUAAUGAAUUUAACAGUGAUGAGGAUGAACACAGUGACUCUAGCAGUGAAGCUUUGGGGCCGGAAGACCAUGACGACGAUGACGAAGAACUCCUGAAGCACUCUGAGAAGUUGAAAAGGCAAAUGAGAUUGAAAAAAUACCUAGAGGACGAAGCAGAGGUGUCAGGAAGUGAUGUGGGAAGUGAAGACGAGUAUGAUGGGGAAGAGAUUGAUGAAUAUGAAGAGGAUGUAAUUGACGAAGUCCUUCCUUCUGAUGAGGAGCUGCAGAGUCAAGUCAAGAAAAUACACAUGAAAGCCAUGCUGGAUGACGAUAAGCGACAGCUGCGUUUGUACCAAGAGCGGUACCUUGCUGACGGGGAUCUGCACAGCGAUGGUCCUGGGCGAAUAAGGAAAUUCCGGUGGAAAAACAUAGAUGAUGCUUCCCAGAUGGACCUGUUCCACAGAGAAUCUGAUGACGAUCAGGUGGAAGAGCAGCUUGACGAAACGGAAGCCAGGUGGAGGAAGGAGCGGAUUGAGCGAGAGCAGUGGCUUCAGGACCAGGCACAGCAGGGGAAAAUUAUAGCUGAAGAAGAAGUAGGGGAAGACAGUCAGUUCAUGAUGCUCGCCAAGAGAGUUACAGCCAGAGCACUGCAGAAGAAUGGUGCCAGUCACCCUGUGGUUGCUGAGGAACCAAAGUCUGUACUCAGCAAUCCUUUCGAAGCCCUCAGACCAGGAAGUGCUCACCAGGUGAAGACAGGCUCGCUGCUGAGUCAGCCCAAAGCCGUACUUCAGAAACUGGCUGCGCUCUCUGACCUCAACCCCAGCGCGCCCCGAAAUUCAAGGAACUUCGUCUUUCAUACACUCUCUCCUGUCAAGGCGGAGGCGACCAAGGAAUCUUCUAAACCUCGGGUGAAGAGAAAGGCUCCGUCUUUAAUGACAUCUCCUUCGCCCAAACACCUCAAAACAGAUGACAACACUUCAGGGUCGAGGCGAAGCAUCUUCAGCUACUUGGAGCGCUAACACCCGCAGGCGCAGACUGCACUGAGCGGUGCCUGAGCUGGAGCUCACACCGCUGACCCUCCUUCCCCACGAUCUGUGCCUGAGGACGGCGGACGGAGUUGAGUUCUGUGGCCGGGCUCUGGGCCUCUCCUUCCUGGUAUUAGCUCCCGGGUCAGCCGUGUCUGAAUUCUGCAGUGUUUACAGAACACUUACGAGAAGCCUUACUUCCUCCACUAAACACCUGACAUUUUAUCCUAACAGCUUCCUUUUUGUGGUAGGGAAGAUUGGAGGUGGAGGAAAGAGGUGGUGUUACAGAAAAUUACGGAAAGCGGUGACAGCCAGUACCCAGAUGGCUCCCUCGCAUGUGUAAGCUCUGUACCUGGUGACCAGGACCCAGUGAAAGCGUUGCUAGGAGAGGACCCAGGAACCACGAGACGGCUGUUCUGUCAGUCCUGGCCUUCUGUUUGUUCCUUCUCAGUUAACCUUCGCCAUCCUGUUUAUUUUUUAAAGAAUUAUUCAUCUAAUUUUAUUGAUUAUCAUUGUUAUUUUUUAAUUUG